CUCUUCCCCAAUCUUAGGUAUAUAAAAAUGGGUUGAAUUUCAUGUCUUUUACUUCACUCGUUUUCCUCUGCUUGCAGUCUGACUGGGGUGGGACAUUCAAGCCUAAUCAUGAGCAGGAACUUCUUGUCCAAAAAUGAUGAGCUCCGCAGGGGAGACUUUCUGGUGUCCAACAAUGGAGAAUUUAAGGCGAUUUUCCAGGAUGAUGGCAACUUUGUCGUAUAUGGCUGGAAGCCUGUGUGGGCUUCAGGCACUGAUGGAUCGGAUGGUUUCCGCCUGUGCGUGCAGGGCAACUGCAACGUAGUUAUGUACAACCAGCAAGAUGAGCCCAGAUGGAGCACAGGCACUGGCAAAUUAGAGUCCAACAUGUGCCAUCUGCAACUGACCAAUGAUGGCACACUGGAGCUGUACAGGGAAGCUGAAAAAAUUUGGAGCUCUGAUUAAACCCGAGAAGCAUAAAAUCAUGACAAGAUCUCCCGAGAGGCAUUUUGAAAAUGAAUGUUAUCUUGUCUUAAAUGUCAUCUUUGGAUGUCAGCAUGAAUUACAAUAAAGUUCCUUGCUAUGUAAGCUGGAAUUGAAUAAAAACAAACUUUAACAAUGUA